AUGGGUAUCGUUUCAAGCACAUCCGGACAUGGUGAUGGAGAACGUGAUGAAGUCCAAGAGCAGCAGCCACCGUCGGAUCGCCAUCAGGACGGCUUGGAGGGCGCCAAACACUCUCAGACCCUGUGGAUCUUAAUCUUCCGGGGUAGCCCUCGCGAUAUCCAGAGCGCCCGACGCACAGAGUUGUACAUUGCCUUCGACGACAACGAGAAAAAGAAUCUCACAAUUCGAAUUCAGGGCGACCACCCAAGCUUCAGUGUGGGUGAAGUGUGGAACCAGCCUCAUCCACGAUCGAGACCACACUUCUUUCGACGACUUGCAGUUGCGACAGUGGAAACAAGUUCGGAUCGUGACAUGCAACUACGCGAUGCAGUCCUGGGAACCCACGUGAAUAACAUCGAACCAGAUUGGACAUGUCAGAACUGGGUUGGAGAUGUCUUGACUACACUGCAAGAUGCAAGACUGAUAACCGUCGAGGAGGGUGAUAAUGCAUUGAAUGGCAUGGUUAAUUAUAUUGCGCAGGCCCCUUGGCAAUAG